AUGACUAAGCCAAUUCUCUAUAUGAAUCCUCUUUGUGCUCCAUCCAGAGCAGUUAUAUAUCUGGGUAAAUGCAUUGGGUUGGAACUUGAAUACAAAGAAAUAAAUCUUGACACAAGGGAAACACUAACACCAGAAUUUCGCAAACUAAAUCCACAACAUACUGUACCCACUCUGAUUGACGAACAAAAUGUUAUCUAUGAUUCACAUGCCAUUUGUGCAUAUUUAGUGGAUAAAUAUGCUCCAAAUGAUAAAUUGUAUCCAAAAGAUUUGGUUCAACGGGCAUUGAUUGAUGCCCGAUUACAUUUCGAUUCGUGUGAUAUAUUUUCGACAAUGCGUUUUAUGUAUGUGCAAAUAUUAUAUGGUGGACUACAAAGUAUACCCGAGGAGGUAAUCAGCUGUUUACAAGAAUCUUGGAUGAUAUUGGAGGAUAUUUUAAAAGGAAGUAGUUAUCUUUGUGGUGACGGUAUGACAAUUGCUGAUAUCUGUUGUUUUGCCACGAUAACGGCAGUUUUGGAGAAUGUCCCAAUUGAGGAAGAGAAAUUUCCAAAAUUAUUCGAUUGGUUAAGGAGAAUGCGUUUGAUGCCGUUUUACUGUGAUGACGGAGCUGAAAGAUUGCAAAGGAAAGUACAGAAGAAACUUCAAGAGAAUCGUUUAACAAAAUAA